AUAUCCAAAUAAUUUCAUAACCACUUUUAUACUUCUAUCACACCGUCACUGCACCAAGCCGAACCCCCGCUCCGCCGCGUGCCCGCCGCUGCGUCCGGGCACACCGCUCAGAAUUACCUACCGAUGCUUCUUUGAUGCGUAGUUCUUUUGGUCCUAAAAAACUGCUCUUGUUUAAGCUUCAUAAGUGUAUUCCAAACGCAUGGAAACAACAACAACCCUCAAAACCCUUUCACAAACCACUCGUUUCUACUGAUUCAUCAUCUUUCUCUAUGGUUCCUGUUCUCAUUGCAUCCCUCAAGGAUUUCGUCACUCACGGCCAUUUAUCAAAUGCAUUCAAAACCUUCAUUCACAUACAACACCAUGCUGCAACUUCAAAUGCUUCGUUUGACCUAAUCUUUCAACCCAUUAAACAUCUUCUAUUGGCUUGCACCAAUCUCAAGUCUCUGACACAGGGUAAACAGAUUCAUGCUCAUAUUAUUUCAAUGGGUAUUGAUCAAAAUUCUAUCUUGGUUUCUAAGCUUAUUAAUUUAUAUGCAAGUUUUAAUUUACUUGCUGAUGCUCAAAUUGUUACUGAGAGUUCAAAUAGUUUGGAUCCUUUGCAUUGGAAUAUGGUUAUCUCUUUGUAUGUUAGAAAUAGUUUCUUUGAGGAGGCAAUUUCUGUUUAUAAGAAAAUGUUGAGUAAGAAUGUUCAACCAGAUGAUUUUACCUAUCCAUCUGUUCUCAAGGCUUGUGGGGAGUUAUUAGAUUGUGAUACCGGGGUGGAGGUUCAUAAGUCUAUUCGAGAUAGUUCUAUUAAGUGGAGUUUGUUUGUGCACAACGCGUUGGUGUUUAUGUAUGGUAGGUUUGGGAAGCUAGAUGUUGCUCGUCACUUGUUUGAUAAUAUGCUUGUUAGAGAUGAUGUUUCUUGGAACACUAUAAUAAGUUGUUAUGCCUCUAGGGGUAUGUGGGAGGAAGCAUUUCGGCUAUUUGGACGCAUGCAAGAGGAGGGUAUUGAAAUGAAUGUUAUUAUAUGGAAUACCAUUGCAGGGGGGUGUUUGCAUACGGGAAAUUUUAAAGGGGCGCUUAAGUUGUUUUCUCAAAUGAGAAUGGCGAUUCAUUUGGACUCUGUUGCUAUGGUUGUUGGAUUAAAUGCUUGUUCUCACAUUGGGGCUCUUAAAUUGGGAACGGAGAUUCAUGGUCAUGCUGUAAGAACUUGCUUUGAUGUGUUUGACAAUGUAAAAAAUUCAUUAAUUACAAUGUAUUCAAGGUGUGGGAAUCUCAAUCAUGCAUAUAUGUUGUUUCAGAAAAUGGAUGAGAAAGGUUUGAUCACAUGGAAUGCCAUGCUUUCUGGAUAUGCUCACAUGGAUCGAGCUGAGGAAGUCUCCUUCAUUUUCAGAGAAAUGCUACAUGAGGGUGUUGAACCUAAUUUCGUGACCAUUGCUAGUGUCCUUCCCCUUUGCGCUCGAAUAGCAAAUCUACAACAUGGUAAAGAGUUUCAUUGCUACAUGGUGAAGCGUGAAGAGCAGUUUAAUGGCCAUUUAUUACUGUGGAACUCACUAGUGGAGAUGUAUUCAAAGUCCGGCAAAGUUUUAGAAGCCAGGAAGGUUUUUGAUUCAUUAAGUAGGAAAGAUGAAGUCACAUAUACUUCCAUGAUUAUGGGAUAUGGUAUGAGGGGUGAUGGAGAAAUUGCCCUUAAACUAUUUGAGGAGAUGCGCAGGUCCAAUAUUAAACCAGAUCAUGUGACAAUGGUUGCAGUUUUAAUAGCUUGUAGUCAUUCUGGUCUUGUAGCACAAGGACAAUUGCUAUUUAGAAAGAUGAUAGAAGUCUAUGCAAUAAAUCCAAGGAUUGAGCAUUAUUCCUGUAUGGUCGAUCUCUUUGGAAGGGCUGGUCUUCUUGACAAAGCAAAGGAGGUUAUCACAGGGAUGUCAUGCAAACCGACUUCAGCAAUGUGGGCCACUCUAAUAGGAGCUUGUCGAAUCCAUGGAAAUACAGUGAUUGGGGAAUGGGCUGCAGGAAAGUUGUUGGAAAUGAAACCUGAUCAUUCAGGUUAUUAUGUGUUGAUUGCAAAUAUGUAUGCAGCUGCUGGUUGUUGGAGCCAACUAGCAAAAGUGAGGACUUGUAUGAGGGAUUUGGGUGUGAGAAAGGCUCCGGGUUGUGCGUGGGUUGAUGUUGGCAGAGAGCUUUCUCCAUUUUUAGUUGGGGACACUUCCAACCCUCAUUCAGACGAGAUUUACCCUCUGAUGGAUGGGUUGAAUGAACUCAUGAAAGAUGCUGGUUAUGUACCUAGUGAAGGGUUUAUCUCAUCCGAGGAAGAUUUUGAGGAGAUGAAUAUUGUAGGGAACGCAUGCUGAAUACAAGUUAAACAUAUUUUUAGAUGGCUAUUCAUGUAUUAAAAACACAAGGUAGAUCUUUAGUACAAGUUACAACUACAGAGUCACAAUCCCACAUGCACGACCAACUGAGCAGAAAUUACUGGAUCAGUUGCUAGAUCAGGCAACAUAUUGAAGAGUACACAGCACCGAGAUGCCUCCGAGAGCUAGCACCGAGAUGCAUGUUUUUUUUGUAGAUGAUGUAGUUUUACUAAGAGAGUCGAAGGAGAAUUUAAAUGAGAGGUUGGAGAUGAACUUUGGAAACGCAUGAUUUUCACAUAAGCAGAAGUAGGACAGAGUAUUUGAAAGUUUUGGCUUGACGGGAAGUAUGGUCAUGGACAAUUUGUGUGCAAGUUGAGCAACAUAGAGGUAAAGUCCUCCACAUGAAAGGCAAGUUAUGUUAUUUUGGAUUGUGUUCACAUACUUUUCUUUUGCAUGACUAAGCAAUCAUGUCUGCCUACCGUGUAAUUGUCUAAAAGCACAUCACAAGGCCUAUUUUAAAUAAGAUAAAAAAGUGAGUACAGUUUGUAAUUGACUAAGUUCUGUUUGUUGAAACUGAACUGUUUUGAAAAUAAGUGAGAGCAACAGUUGGUUCUAUUUUUGUAGUCCGGGUUUGGUUAGUGAUCUAUGUUUAAAACACUAGUUCGGUUUGUGAACUCAGAACGGUCUGGUUCUUUUUAGUGUAGUAUUUGGUUUUACAGUUGGGUUCUGUUUUCAGUUUUUUGCACAUUCCUAACUGCUAAGACAGUUUCUUGAAUUCCCAGAACCAAAGCAUUUUCUUAGCCUUUGCGAUUGUUGUACUCUAUAAUAUAUUUUUUAGGCAAAACAAGUCAGGCUUUUAUAUUAUGAAAUAGGGUAAGAAUCCUUUUGUUGGUAAUUUUCAUUUGACUUUCUUGAAUAAUCUCAGCUUUCACUCUAUCAGUUGAAAUAUAAAGACUGCCAUAGAUACUAAAACAUAUUUUAAAGUUUUUCUCUACCUGAUUUAUUCAACAUUCUUUUCUUCCAAAAAUAAAUUGUUCUUUUUUGUUGGAUAUAUAAGGGAGGUGACCAGUAUUCCUAAUGCCUUAAGAUUUUGGGCGGAGAUUUAGUGUCAAGGUCUCUCAUGUAUUAUGGACAUUUAAUGAUGCUAUCGGCGCUCUUGGGCCUCUUCAACAAGUGGUAUCAAAGUCAUGAUUCGGCUUGAUGGGGAAUGACAGUGGGACCCUUGUAUGGAUAAAGUCUAGUGACGCGGGUGAUUCACACUUGAUGGAGAGAUUGUUGGAAUUCAAGUGAGUGGUUAGUCCCACAUCGACUAAAAUGAAGAAAAUGUUGGAUAUACAAUAGAGGAUCCGGGGCAUCUUUCCUCAACAUUGGAGAGAAGAAGGUUGUUAAUUGUACAAGAAUUUGAUUGCAUGGCUUAAAGGAUCGAAGAUUACAUUGAAGAGAAGAAGGUUGUUAACGGUUCAGUUCUUUAUGGAGAUCUUGCUUAAUUGGUUUCACCAUUUUUAUUGACUGAGUUCAAAUCAUCCUGAACCAUCAUUUAGUCUUUAUGUUUUGUUUUUUUAUGUUGUCCUGUUUUCCAGACGAUAAGAACGAGUUAUUCAGAUUUGUAUUUUUUGUAUAGCAGGUAAUCUUAAAAUGAUUUUACAGCAUAAGUUUGGGAUUGGGUGUAUGAAUUUGGAUUAAUAUCUGUUGUAUGCUUCUUUGGGGGCUUGAAUAGGAUUAUAUUUAUUCGAUUUGAAAAUGAAAUUUAAGUACCUCUAGUGAUUUUUACUGUUAUUUGGUGUAUCAUGUUGCAGGUGGAGAACCAUUUGGAUAUAGAUAAUUUCACUUGGGAGCAACUUCUCAAUAAGGAUGGAAUAAUUCGACAAUGCCUUAGCAAUGAGUUGUGGCUGAAUUAUGUAGUUUUGGUGUAAUGUUAUGUUCUAAUUCGAGUUUGGUAUCUGGUUGAUGCUAUUUCCACACAAUUGGUUUGAUUGUAUUGUUAAUUGUUGUAGGCUCUACUUGUUGCUCUUUUAUGAGUAAUUUUUUAGUCAUUUUUUAUUACUCAUUUGUUUGUGUAUUUACACUGAUUUUCUCAAAUAUUAUUGAUGUCUUCAGAUA